UACAUAUAUGCACCAUUUUCACUCACAAGGCAUUGGUCUACCAGGGAUUAGAGAGACUGAAAGGAAGGCACACUGGUUGCAAAGCUAGCUCCAUAACACCAGAUCCACACCCGUAUUUAAGUACUUAUAUUUCGUUUCAUUCAUAGGCCUUGUAAAGGUGUAUGUGUACUCAGAAAUUUGACACGCUUUGCUAGGGCGCAGUGACACACAUUUUUUUAAAACUACCCGCUGAAUAAUACGCCGUAUUCAACUUGCUGGGAUGGAUUAAAUAUGAAUACGUAAGCUUCUAAGAGUCAGUGGACAUUUGCCAAUGUAGGAAAUCAUUACUGUACUUUGGAAGAAGUCAUUUUUGCCAACGCAGACACUGAUUGUGAUCGUUAUUAGCUUAAUUACCUAGUUAUUAAUAACAAAACAAUUCGACACACCUGUGAUUGUUUACAGAUCCCUUGAUCAGAUUUAAAAAACAAACAUAUUUGCAAAACAGGACUACUCUUUAAAGAUACAACACAGUAUCUGUUUCAAAUCAAGAAAAAACAAAACAAAACAAUAAAAGAAAAAAACCCAUUCCAUACAAAAUAACAACGUUGCCAGGAUUACAUUUUGCGUGUCUCAAACAGAUCAUUUGGUCUUUAGUGAAAGCGGACUUCGGAACUUAACAUAAAUGUUCAGGGGGUUUUCCAGCAAUCUGGAUUGUUACUAAAUUGGACGCUAAAAAAUGAUCAGCUCACUGAUUGAAAACUUUGGCAGUUACUCUCGAGUACGAGGUAGCAUAAAUGACGACUGGGUUGAUCGCCUUAACCAUCUUUAUACUGUCGUGUUAUUGGUCAUCUUUGCGGUCAUAAUUAGCACAGGUCAGUAUGUCGGAGAUGCUAUUCAAUGUUGGUGCCCGGCCGAGUUCACAGAUGCCUUUGUCGACUACACCAAAUCCUACUGUUGGAUUGCCAACACUUACUACAUACCGAUGACAGACGUUAUACCAGUUGAAAUUCGCAAGCGAGAGGACAAACAAAUAACUUACUACCAGUGGGUGCCACUAAUAUUACUGUUUCAAGCAUUCAUGUUUAAAUUUCCAAAUAUACUUUGGACAUCAACGCACGAAUUAUCAGGAUUAAACCUUGAUAAAAUUGUGUCAAUGGCUGAAGAGACUCAGUUAGGUUCCCCAGAUGAUCGUGAGGAAACCAUUAAAAACAUAGCUCAUUUUCUCACACGCUGGCUUGAAGCUUAUCGUGAAUAUAAACUCAAUUUCCUUGUUAAACUACGACAAAGAUCAUCGAGGAUGUGUUGCUUUCUGUGUUCCCGUCGCCAGGGUACUUUUCUUACUGGCCUCUAUGUUUUUGUGAAAAUGCUCUACGUGGCUAAUGUAAUUGGCCAAUUUUUCCUUCUGAAUGCUUUUAUGGCAACCGAUUAUACUGUUUACGGACUGGAAGUGUUAAAUUCUUUAGCCAGUAAUACUGUUUGGCAAGAAAGUCCACGUUUCCCUAGAGUAACACUGUGUGACUUGCAAAUUCGUCAAUUACAAAAUCUUCAAAGAUACACCGUUCAAUGUGUUUUACCAAUCAAUUUAUUUAACGAAAAAAUAUUCAUCUUUUUGUGGUUUUGGUUUGUGUUUGUCGCUGCAUGUUCAUGCAUUAAUCUUUUGUCCUGGUUCUAUCGCUUCAUUUUCUCCCAGGCUCAUAUUGAUUAUGUCACUAAAUACAUUCGAUGGUGGGAUUCCAUCCAGACAAAACAGGACAGAAAACUAUGUCAAAAAUUUACGAAGGAGUAUCUUCGAGACGAUGGUUUUUUGGUCCUACGUGUUAUAGCAAAGAAUUCUACAGAUUUAGUUGCCGGAGACUUAUUACAUUAUCUGUGGAAGGCUUAUAAGGAAAAGAAUGAAGUGAAGAAUAAAGAACCAGCAGAUGUUGGUUCUAAUGUUCAUACUUAACAUGAGAGCUUCGCUUGGAAAACGCAAGUGAAGGAGCAUGUUAUCGCUACAAACAUCAUGGAAUGAACAGAUAUUUCCUCUUUACAGAAAAAUUGUCUUCAACGAAAGGAAGCAUGCGCAUAAAAUUCGUAAAAGGUGAAAAACUCAAGCAAAAUAUGGAAUGUAUUUGAAAAGUCUAAUUUAUCGAUAUACGAUAAAAGAAAACCUGUUGUGAAGCAUGUCUGAGAUUCAUAUGAUGUCUCCUGAAGUUCUGCUCUACUUAUUAUUCACUUCUUCAAACAUACUCAGCCCAUCAAAAGAUCCACAAAAUUUGUCUUUUUUCUUCAGAAACUACAAUAAUAUCGCUUUCUUUUUCCCACUCUUCAUAUGCUCUUUAUUUUUUAACAACCCAAUAUAACAGAGGUUUCUCCAUUUAACAGAAAAAUGAAAUCUCUCAUUAUUCUAAUUUGGGAUCACAACCUACCCCUUUCAUGUCAAUGUAAACUCCGGAAUUAAAAAAAAAAAUUAAAUUGAUUAAUUUCUAGAUCACAUCUUUCAUUUACUCUAUUAGUAUAUUUCUUUUCUUUCAUUCUGUAUUUUCCCUUUUCACUCUUUUCGAGUGAUUUAUGUUAAAUAUUAAAAACAUAAUUUAAAAUAAUUCCCUUCAGAGAAUAUAAUCUUUAUGUAGCGAAGAAUCAGCUUGGCUGACAAGCUUUGUUAAUUAAUUUUAGCUUCAUCAGCUUUCAAUAAUAUUAAUAAAAGCUUCGUCAGACUAAUUCAUUUAAUAAUUCUGCUUAAUGCUGCUAGCAGCCGCAGCAUUUAUUAAUAAGAAUGACUUCAGACUUCAGAUCCUGAAGAAGUCGGUUUGAUCUCAGUUGGGAGAUGAGAUAUUGCACCAUUACUUUAUCUGCUUGGGAAGUAGGGAUUAUUCAAUAAUAUCCCGUAAAUUCAUGGCUACUGCCAAUUAUGAAAU